AUGACGCGCUGCCACGCUGGCCGUGCGGAAGUGGAGAUGGCGGAGCUGUAUGUGAAGCCGGGCAACAAGGAGCGCGGGUGGAACGACCCGCCGCAGUUCUCAUACGGGCUGCAGAUCCAGGCUGGCGGACCCAAGCGCACGCCCCUCACCAAGAGAGUCGCCGCCCCCCAAGAUGGAUCCCCCAGAGUCCCCACUUCAGAGACUUCUCCUAGGCACCCACCUCCUUUGAGUAAGGCUCCCAGGCCCCCAACUGUGGGGAGUUGUCCUGUUUCCAGUGUGGAACUCACAACUUUCCCAGUCAUCGAGUCUGAGGCUCUAAUGGAGGAUGUGCUGAGACCUUUGGAACAAGCACUGGAGGAAUGCCGUGGCCACACGAUAAAACAGGUAUGUGAUGACAUCAGCCGACGCCUGGCACUGCUGCAGGAACAGUGGGGUGGAGGGAAGUUGUCAAUGCCUGUAAAGAAGAGGAUGGUUCUGCUGGUGCAAGAGCUCUCAAGCCACCAGUGGGAUGCAGCAGAUGACAUCCACCGCUCACUCAUGGUUGACCACGUGACUGAAGUCAGUCAGUGGAUGGUGGGAGUUAAAAGAUUAAUUGCGGAAAAGAAGAGUCUGUCUUCAGAGACAGAGGCCAGUGAAGAGAAAUCUGCAGCCACAGCUGAGGAGAACCAGACCAUACCAGGCUUCCCACAGACUCCAUAAUCCUGUGGGUUCCCAAGACUCAUCUCACAUCAUCUCCUAUGCAUUGGAAUGGAGGUCUUCUCUCACUCAGUUCCCUCUUACCACCAGGAAGAGUGUCUGUCCUAUUGGGCCUGACCCAUCUCUCUGGGAAGAGGUCCCACCUGGGCCACAGGAGGAUACCUGUUACCCAUAACAUAUGCAUUUCAAUAAAAACAUCUCAGUGGUAGGCCCUGGGUAGGAGAUGAGCCCUUCCUCUGCCAAACUAGUCCCCUCUGGUGUCAACUGUCCUGCUCCCUGCAAACCUCUGCUCUCCUUUCUCCACUCAUCAUGAAGGGCUUUGCUGGGCAUGACCGAAUUGCUGCCUGCCACCUUCCCCAAAAUUACCAAAAAGCUCAUCUCUUGCCGGGUGGAGCAGUCCUUCUCUGGAUGGUUUUGUUUCAGCAUGAGAACAGACUCAAAUGGCAAGGGGAGAUUUUUCCCUCAAAAGGAAAGACUCUUCUGUUUGCACUGUAUCACCCUUGACGUAUAUAGGUGCUAUAGAGAUUAAAACCACAGUGAGUGGGCUUUCUGCUGUAUAAA